GAACGGGAAUAGUUCUAAACAUCGCAAAAAUGCUGAAAGUGCGCAGUGCUCUAUCAUUAAUUCAGUCUCAAAAAGCGGCUCUCAUGCUGAGUUCUCAAAAGCGCUGGCAAACUAAUGUUGCAACGGCUGAGGCUAGAGAGGAUUCGGAAUGGCUGCAGGCCAAGCCAUUCGAUCAGAUCCCUCGCACCAAUAUGAUUGCAUUGAUGAUGAAGAUGUUUAUGCCCGGUGGAAAGUACAAGAACAUGGAGCUGAUGGACAUGUUUGAGGCCAUGCGACAGGACUACGGCGACAUAUUUUUCAUGCCAGGAAUAAUGGGUAACCCGCCUUUUCUGAACACGCACAACCCCAAGGACUUCGAGGUGGUUUUCCGCAGCGAGGGUGUGUGGCCCCAUCGUCCUGGAAAUGAGGCUCUGCUCUAUCAUCGCAAGGAGUAUAAAAAGGAGUACUUCCAGGGCGUCAUGGGCAUCAUACCCACACAGGGUAAAACCUGGGGAGACUUCAGGACCGUCGUCAAUCCUGUUCUCAUGCAACCGAAAAAUGUCCGACUGUAUUACAAGAAGAUGUCACAAGUCAACCAGGAGUUUGUUCAGCGUAUAAAAGAAUUGAGGGAUCCCAUCACUUUGGAGGCUCCUGAGGAUUUCAUAGACACCAUCAACCGCUGGACUCUGGAGUCGGUAUCCGUGGUGGCCCUGGAUAAGCAGCUGGGACUGCUCAAGGAUUCAGAGAAGGAGUGCGAGGCACUUAGGCUUUUCCACUACCUGGAUGAGUUCUUUAUAGUAUCUGCGGACCUUGAGAUGAAGCCCACGGCCUGGCGCUAUAUUAAAACCCCCAAGCUAAAGCGAGUUCUCAAAGCCCUCGAUGGCAUCCAGGAAGUCACUUCGGUUUACGUUGAUGAGGCUAUAGCUCGGUUAGACAAGGAGGCCAAGGCGGGUGUCGUGCGUCCGGAGAACGAGCAAAGCGUCCUAGAGAAACUACUUAAAGUCGACAGGAAGGUGGCUACUGUUAUGGCCAUGGACAUGCUGAUGGCAGGAGUAGAUACUACAUCGAGCACCUUUACAGCUCUUUUGCUGUGCCUCGCCAAGAAUCCCGAAAAGCAGGCCAAGCUGCGUGAGGAGGUGAUGAAGGUGCUGCCCAACAAGGACUCCGAGUUCACUGAGGCCUCUAUGAAAAACACUCCCUAUCUCCGAGCCUGCAUUAAGGAAUCCCAGCGCAUGCACCCCCUGAUUGUCGGAAAUGCUCGAGUCCUAUCCAGGGACGCCGUUCUCAGUGGAUACCAAGUGCCAGCUGGAACCUACGUGUCCAUCGUUCCUCUGAAUGCCCUGACUAGGGAUGAGUAUUUCCCACAAGCUUCAGAGUUUCUCCCCGAGCGUUGGCUGCGAAGCCCCAAGAAUUCAGAGGCGAAGUGUCCGGCAAAUGAACUCAAGUCCACAAAUCCUUUCGUGUUUUUGCCUUUUGGGUUUGGACCUCGCAUGUGCGUGGGUAAACGCAUCGUGGAAAUGGAACUGGAGCUGGGCGUCGCUAGAAUCCUUCGAAACUUCAGUGUGGAGUUCAACCAUUCCACCAAGAAUGCUUUCCGCUCUGCUCUUAUCAACCUGCCCAAUAUACCUCUCAAACUUAAGUUCACCGAUUUGCCCAAUAAUUAUAAAGCUAUUAGAACGUACACUCGGCUCUCAGUUAUAUUUUGGCGGUGGACGGGAAUAGUUCUUAACAUCGCAAAAAUGCUGAAAGUGCGCAGUUCCCUAUCGUUAAUUCAGUCGCAAAAAGCGGCUCUCUCGCUGAGCACUCAAAAAAUACAACGCUGGCAAACUAAUGUUGCAACGGCUGAGGCUAGAGAGGAUUCGGAAUGGCUGCAGGCCAAGCCAUUCGAUCAGAUCCCUCGCACCAAUAUGAUAGCGUUGAUGAUGAAGGUGUUCAUGCCCGGUGGAAAGUACAAGAACAUGGAGCUGAUGGACAUGUUUGAGGCCAUGCGACAGGACUACGGCGACAUAUUUUUCAUGCCAGGAAUAAUGGGUAACCCGCCUUUUCUGAACACGCACAACCCCAAGGACUUCGAGGUGGUUUUCCGCAACGAGGGAGUGUGGCCCCAUCGACCUGGGAAUCACACUCUGCGCUACCACCGCGAGGAGUAUAGAAAGGAGUUCUACCAGGGCGUCAUGGGCAUCAUUCCUUCUCAGGGAAAACCCUGGGGAGACUUCAGGACCGUCGUCAAUCCUGUUCUCAUGCAACCGAAGAAUGUGAGAUUGUACUACAAGAAGAUGUCGCAAGUCAACCAGGAGUUUGUGCAGCGUAUAAAAGAAUUAAGGGAUCCCACCACUUUGGAGGCUCCUGAGGAUUUCAUAAACACCAUCAACCGCUGGACUCUGGAGUCGGUAUCCGUGGUGGCCCUGGAUAAGCAGCUGGGACUGCUCAAGGAUUCAGAGAAGGAGUGCGAGGCACUUAGGCUUUUCCACUACCUGGAUGAGUUCUUUAUAGUAUCUGCAGACCUCGAGAUGAAACCAUCGCCUUGGCGCUACAUCAAAACUCCCAAGUUGAAGCGAUUGCUCAAAGCCCUCGAUGGUAUCCAGGAAGUCACUUCUGCGUAUGUAGACGAAGCUAUAGAUCGAUUGGACAAGGAGGCCAAGGCGGGUGUGGUGCGUCCGGAGAGUGAUCAAAGCGUCCUCGAGAAACUGCUUAAAGUUAACAGGAAAGUGGCCACUGUUAUGGCCAUGGACAUGCUGAUGGCUGGAGUCGACACGACAUCAAGCACCUUUACGGCUCUUAUGCUAUGCCUGGCCAAGAAUCCCGAGAAGCAGGCCAAGCUGAGGGAAGAGGUGAUGAAGGUUCUACCCAACAAGGACUCCGAAUUCACUGAGGCUUCCAUGAAGAACGUUCCCUAUCUGCGAGCCUGCAUUAAAGAAUCCCAACGCGUUCAUCCCCUGAUUGUCGGAAACGCUCGAGUCCUAUCCAGGGACGCCGUUCUCAGUGGAUACCAAGUGCCAGCUGGAACAUACGUGUCCAUCGUUCCACUAAAUGCCCUGACCAGAGAUGAGUAUUUCCCACAAGCUUCAGAGUUUCUCCCCGAGCGUUGGCUGCGAAGCCCCAAGAAUUCAGAGGCGAAGUGUCCGGCAAAUGAACUCAAGUCCACAAAUCCCUUUGUGUUCCUGCCUUUCGGUUUCGGACCUCGCAUGUGUGUGGGCAAACGCAUCGUAGAAAUGGAACUGGAGCUGGGAACCGCCCGACUUAUUCGCAACUUUAACGUCGAGUUCAACUAUCCCACCAAAAAUGCCUUCCGGUCUGCAUUGAUAAACCUACCCAACAUUCCACUGAAGUUUAAAUUUACUGAUUUGCCAAAGUAAUCUUUAGUUACUUUCUUUUAAUUGAAAGUAAAAGUCUAAUUAAUAUUGGCCAAGUACAAAUUUUUGUGAUACCUUUGACAUUCAAUAUUUUUUAAAAACGAACCUAGCUUUAUCAGUUGUAAAAUGACAAAGUCACAUUUAAACAUAAAAAAUGUAUUGUAAACCUUAAUCAAACAUGUAUCCCAAUCCAUUUCCAAAUAAAACACACUGGGUUUUCUAUA